CAUAAUUCCUGUAUUGAACAUGACGUCAUUGUGUCGGGCCGACGCCCUGCGUGGUGUCGUCACAUGCAAGCGACUGUUUUGACGUUCGGUUGGCGCUCAGGGAGAAACAAGAAGAAUAAGGAAGGUUGGAAAAAGUGGAUCAGAGAUGCAGUCUGGUUCAGGUUCUCCGGGAUCUGGAAAGAAGUCGGUCAGAAGAUCUCCCCGACUGUCUCCUCAGUGCCCCAGCGACAGUAAAGGAAAGGAGGAGAGGAAAGGAGGAAGCAGUCUGCAGGAGGCGAAGAGGAGAGGAAAGAUGGAUAGGAGCAGAGACGAGGGCGAUGAGGAGCUGAACGACAGACUGCAGACGCUGGAUCUGUCCAGCCAAUCAGCAGCCAGAGGAACAGGUCUGGUUUACUCUGAGAUCUUCACUCAUCAUAAGAACCUGUGGGAUUCCAGCCAUCCAGAAUGUCCCGACCGAGUGACGUCCAUCAUGGAGGAGCUGCAGAGACAGGAGCUGCUGUCUCACUGCGUCACAGUGGAGCCCAGAGAAGCUUCAGAAGAAGAGCUGCUGCUCUCUCACACGAAACAGUAUGUGGAUUUGAUGAGGUCGACGCAGACGAUGGAAGAAAGUGAUCUUCAAACUCUGUCAGAGAAAUACGAUUCUGUGUACAUUCAUCCUGAGUCCUUCCAGGUGUGUGUGAAGGCGGUGGGUUCAGUCCUGCAGCUGGUUGAUCAGGUGAUGACCUCUGAACUCCGGAACGGAUUCGCCGUCGUCAGACCUCCAGGUCAUCACGCUCAGUCCAACACCUCCAACGGUUUCUGCAUCUUCAACAACGUGGCGAUCGCAGCUCGAUACGCUCAGACCAGACACUCAGUCCGCAGGGUGUUGAUAGUGGACUGGGAUGUUCAUCACGGUCAGGGUAUCCAGUACCAGUUCCAAGAAGACCCCAGUGUCCUGUACUUCAGUGUGCACAGGUAUGAGGAGGGGUCCUUCUGGCCUCACCUCUCGGAGUCUGACAGUCAGUUUGUCGGCAGUGGACGAGCUGAAGGCAGGAACAUCAACCUGCCCUGGAACAAGACGGGGAUGACAGACGCUGAUUACAUCGCCGCUUUUCAACAACUGCUGCUGCCUGUAGCCUACGAGUUUCAGCCUCAGCUGGUUCUGGUCUCUGCUGGAUUUGAUGCCGCUGUCGGAGAUGAGAAGGGGGGGAUGUGUGUGAAUCCUCAGUGUUUCCACAUCCUGACUCACAUGUUGAUGAGUUUGGCAGAAGGUCGACUCGUCCUCGCUCUCGAGGGGGGUUAUAACCUCCAGUCGACAGCAGAGGGCGCUGCAGCAUGUGUCAGAGCUCUGCUGGGAGGAGCCUGUCCUCCCCUGACUCCGCCCACCACUCCGUCUGACAGUGCUCUGCAGUCCAUCUCUCAGACAGUCUCAGCUCUGUAUCCUCACUGGGUCUCCCUGCAAACACUAGAAGGCAGUCGAUUGGCUGAGGGGCGUGUCAUCAGAACAACAACCAAUGAGCAAAGCACAAAGCACACUGACCCGCCUCCCUCUGUUGCCAGGACAACAGGUCUGGUUUAUGAUGAGAAGAUGAUGGAGCACCUGAACCUUUGGGACAGACAUCACCCUGAACAGCCUCAGAGGAUAUUUAAAAUCUUCGCCAAACAUCAGCAGCUGGGAUUGGUCGGUCGUUGCAAACGGAUUCCAACUCGCCUAGCAACAGAGGGGGAGCUGGCCACCUGUCACAGUGUGCAGCACAUUGAGCAGAUGAAGGCCACUGCAGAGAUGAAGCCCAGAGAUCUGCACAAACUGGGGCUGGAGUUUAACUCCAUCUUCAUCAACAACCAGAGCUACCAGUGCGCUCUGCUGGCUGCAGGAGGCUGCUUCAGCGCGGUGGAGAGGAUCCUCUCAGGAGAGGUGAGUAACGGCGUGGCGAUCGUCCGUCCUCCCGGUCAUCACGCAGAGAAAGAUUCUCCGUGUGGUUUCUGUUUCUUCAACACGGCAGCGGUCACAGCUCGCCACGCACAGAAAAUAUCCCAUGAUGCACCGCUGCGAGUCCUCAUCCUCGACUGGGACGUUCACCACGGCAACGGGACGCAGCACAUGUUCGAGGACGACGACAGCGUCCUGUACGUCUCCCUCCAUCGCUAUGACAACGGAACGUUCUUCCCGUCCUCUUUGGAUGCCGCCCCGGACAGGGUGGGCAAGUCUAAAGGGGCGGGAUUUAACGUCAACGUGGCGUGGAGCGGCGGGCGGAUGGGCGACUCUGACUAUCUCGCCGCCUUUCACAGCGUCAUCAUGCCGAUCGCGACCGAGUUUAACCCCGGUCUGGUUCUGGUGUCGGCCGGGUUUGAUGCAGCCCGAGGGGAUCCGCUAGGAGGGUAUAAUGUGACACCCGAGGGAUACGCCCACCUCACACACUUGCUGAUGUCACUGGCCGGGGGGCGGGUCUUACUCAUACUGGAGGGAGGUUAUAACCUGUCGUCCAUCUCUGACUCCAUGGCGAUGUGCACCAGCGUGUUGCUAGGAGACCCUCCUCCCUCUUUAGCGACGCCCUUCCCCCCUCCUCAUCACAGCGCAGUGGCAACAAUCAACGAGGUCAUCCGUCACCACGCCCCCUACUGGAAGUCGCUACGGAUACGCAUCCCAGAGUCCGUCCGGGUGUCUGUUCCCUCCCCAAAGCAUCGUGGGAAACGUAGUUCUAAAGGAAAAGGCAGGAAGUCAGAGCAAAGCAGCACAAAUAAACCACCGCUGCCCCCUACAGGACAGCAGAACACAACGACGGAGUGUGGUCUUGAGCAGCUCACGCAGGGAUUGGCCGGUUUGGACAUCAGUCAAAUUGCAGCCAAUCAAGCUCCUGCUACGUCAACCCCAGUGGGCGGGGCCAGGCCAAAGGUCCGCCAAAGCCCGGAGAAGGUGGAGUCAGCUGCACUGACACCUGAGAACAGCCAAUCAAAAGAUAGCACACAAACUCAGGAUGUUACAGCGGCAGCGCCAGACUCGGUUGCCCCUGGAGACAAGCCUGCCAGUGAAGCAGGGGCGGGACCAGAGGAAGAGGGAGCGUGUGGUUGGUCGAAGCCUCAGACAUCUCUGGAGCUGACGUGCGGAGGACAGGCGGAUACCCCUCUCUACGUGGUUGACCCCCUCUCCUGGUGUCCUCACCUGGACGUUGUUAAGCCCCUCCCCGCUACAGGUAUCGACAUCUUCCAGCCGUGUCAGGACUGCGGCUCUGAGGCUGAGAACUGGAUCUGUCUCACCUGCUACCAGGUGUUCUGUGGUCGCUAUGUCAACGAGCACAUGGUGACUCACGGCGUCGUCUCUGAACACCCCAUGGUGCUGAGCUUCUGUGACCUGUCUGUGUGGUGCUACCUGUGUGAGUCGUACGUACACAACCAGAUUCUGUUUGAAGCUAAGAACUCAGCUCACUGUGCCAAAUUUGGAGAGGAAAUCCCUCCAUGGAGCUGAGAGGAUAGGAAGAAGAGGAGGAGCAGAAGAAGAAUGGGAGGACAUGAUGAUGAAGAUGAGAUUUAGGUGAAGAGGAGGAUGCAGGUGUAACAACUUGAAAGCUGUUUCUGUUUUUCUGUCCCUCUUCUUUCAGUAGUGACCUCAAAUACAGUGUCUCACAGAUGCCAAAUAAUGUUUCAUAUUUUUUGAACUGCAGAUUGGUGCUCAUUAUUAUCAUCAGCAAAAACGGUAUCGUAUGAUGUCAUAGAGAAGCCACGCCCACAAACAGCCACUCAAUAACGUGAAAUCUGCAGUUUUACUUUUCAUACUUUUUGCGUGUAUUUGGUGUACUUUAAAUACACACUUGAGAUACGUUAGGUUUGGUUAAUUGCUUCCGAACCCCCGUUAGUUCCUGCAAUAUAUCCACCUUUGAAAGAAUGUCCGAUAACGAUCAAUGUCUAGCUCACUUUACUUUAUUUUUAAUAAUGUAUUACUUUUAUAUAGUGUCAGAAAAUACCUAAACCAAGAGGAUUUCUUUUGCAAACAGGUUGCCAUGUUUUCUUGCUUUAUAGAAAACAGCUUUAAAAAGAGAUUAGGUAAUGAGAGCAUGUUCUGGCAAGAGAAGCGAAGAAAAAUAAAGAAUAAAAAAUGGUUUAUUUCCAUCAGAAAGAAAAGAAAUGGAUGAAAGGUCAGAUAUAAAUCUGCAGAACGCUCAGUAUUUAAUGUAUAAUCUGCACUUUUUAAUUUAAUGUUUACUGUUUUCUUUAUAACAGACAGUCUGACGGUAUUAGAGCAUUAGCUCACUUCUGGUGUGUUUGAUUUUCACACCAAAAGAAAAGGUUUUGUUUUCCUGUUCGAGAUUUAAUUUAAAAAGACUGACCAUUUAGGGUUUCUGUCGGUGAAUUAAACUUCUCUGUUAGAAUAUUGUUUUGUCUUUAAAGCUGAGCAAACGUGAACAAACAAACAAACCAAUAUCUGCAACUGAAGGUGGCAGUGUUAGGGUGGAGACAAGAGCAAGUGUGUGUGAGUGUGUGUGUUGUGCAAUAUUCAGUUUUUCAAGCAUCCUGUUUGUUUUAUUUCUAUUCAAAUGUUGUAUGUAUAUUUCUUUUCCUGCAUCGGUCACUUAUUGUUAAUGCUGGAAAGAUUGUUAUGAUCACAGUUUCAUGUACAUGUUUUUGUUUUUAAGGAAAAUAAACUUUUAAACAAACACAA